GAGGAUCUUACCACUCUGGAGCAACUCGUUGUGUCAUGAUGGUAGGGGACACAGGGCUGGCGUAUUUGUGGAGAAGGUUGUUGUCACGAGGACAAGUCAUGAGGCACGUGUUCCCGUGCAGCCGCCGGCUGGACUCGCACGAAAAUAACUGCCGCACAGAGACGAUGCUGAGAAUGAUUGGUGGCUCAUGGACAGUGACUGUGAAGACAAGCGAGGGUAAAAGGACGGCCACCACAGGGAAGGUUCAAAUCACCAUGUAUGGCACCAGUGGCCACACUGCAACCCUCCACCUUUCCUCUCCAGACCCUGGGACUCUGGCAUUCACUUCCGGGGCCGAGUCUGAGUUCCAUAUCAGCACCGGGCAGGUUUGCACGAGUAACCAAGAUUCGACUAGAAUGUGA